AUGGAUAGAUAUAGUAAAAUGAGAUCGGAUAGAGUCUGCGAGGGCUGCUUAAGCAUUGAUCGCAGCUUGUUAGAAUUAGAUGAAUAUGAAGUCAAGAUGUUUUACAGUUUCACUGAUAUUGAUAUAAAGAAUGAUACUUUACAACUCUGUUGGGAAUGUAAAGCCAUAUUAAGAAAGUUUAUAAAGUUCAAGCAACAAGUUAGACAUGCACAUGUUAUUCUCAAUACCUAUAAUCAUCACAAAGUACCGUCUUUGUCAAGUUUAAUCAUAAAAAAAUGUGAACAAAUAAAAAAAAUUGUGUAUGAUGAUAGCAAAGAACCCAUAGAUAUUGAUUUCUCUCCAUUAACUUUUAUUAAGGUAGAGGAUAAUCAAAAUGAAAUGAGCUUUAAUCAGUUUGACGAUGACUUUAUAAUGUCGGACACUGAAGAUAGAUACUCGAAGGCAGAUAUAAAAAAUGAUUUAGAAAAUGAGAGUGAGAAAAGAAGAGAUGAUAGAAACAAUGAUUUCAAUGAUUCGAAUGAAGUUAAUACAAAACAUGACAUGGAAUUUGAGAGUGAGAAGGAAAGACAUGGCAAUACAAAGGAUGACUUCAAUGAAUCUGAUGAUGAACCCCUUAUUACUAGGCGAGUGGUGUGCAAAAAGAAGAAAGCACGGAAGGGAAAAAAUACAGAAAUGAAAAAUCAACGUGAGACCUCCGGUGUAAUAAUUAAUGAGAGGAUAAACAAGAAGCUGGAAAAGUUGAAUAUGGCGAGCGACAGAUUGCAAAUGGUUCUGCUCACUUGGGAAGAGGUGGAGGAAGAAAGACAGAAGGCGUUGCAAAGUGAGAGUUUCAAGCGGCACGAGUACCGCUGCUACGACUGCGUCGUCGGUUUCAACCAUCGCUGUAAACUGGAUAACCAUAUGAAGAAACAUGAUCCGUGCAAAGGCAGCGAGGAGUGCGCGGUGUGCCGCGUGCGCUGCCGCGACGCGCCCGCGCUGGCGGCGCACCGCCGCCGGCACCGGCUCCGG